AGAGGGUUUUUUCCCCCCCUUUUUUUAUCCUUUUUUUUUUUUUUUUUUUUUUUUUUUCCCUCGGCUCUGACUCGGUUUGAUUUUAUCUGAUUGGUGAUUAUUAUUACUAUUAUUUUUUCCCUCCCCGGCGGUUCCUGUCAUUGCUACAUGACUUGCCAGCGCUUGAGACUGCGGUCCAACUGCGCUGCCGCCGCCGCCGGUGGUGCCGCUGCCACCGCCGCCGCCUCGGCCACCGCCGCCUCGGCCGCCGCCGCCUCCGCCCCGCGCGCUGCUUCUUCGGCCGCUGCAACUUUCCCCCUCAGACUAGUGUGUGAUGUUGGACAUGGGAGAUAGGAAGGAAGUGAAAAUGCUGCCGAAAUCCUCCUUUAGCAUAAACAGCCUGGUGCCCGAAGCCGUCCAGAGCGACAACAACCACAGCAGCCACAGCCACCACAACAGCCACCACCCCCACCACCAUCACCACCACCAUCACCACCACCACCACCCGCCGCCGCAGCAGCCCCAACGAGCCGCCGCGGCCGAGGAGGAGGACGAGGAGAAGGGCCAGCUCCUCCUGCCGCCCCCCGCCGCCGCCGCCGCCUCCGGCGCCCUGGAGGUGGCCAAGGCGGACAUGCUGGCGGGCAAAGGCGACGCGGGCGCGGCGUCGGCGGCUGCGACGGAGCUAGAGGAGAAGGAGAAGGCAGCGGAGGAGAAGAAGGGGGCGACGGAGGGGGCCAAGGAGGGGGAGAGCGGGAAGGAAGGGGAGAAGAAGAACGGCAAGUACGAGAAGCCGCCGUUCAGCUACAACGCGCUUAUCAUGAUGGCCAUCCGGCAGAGCCCCGAGAAGCGCCUCACGCUCAAUGGCAUCUACGAGUUCAUCAUGAAGAACUUCCCCUACUACCGGGAGAACAAGCAGGGAUGGCAGAACUCCAUCCGCCACAACCUCUCCCUCAAUAAGUGCUUCGUCAAGGUGCCCCGCCACUACGACGACCCGGGCAAAGGGAACUACUGGAUGUUGGACCCCUCUAGCGACGACGUCUUCAUCGGGGGCACCACCGGCAAGCUCCGCCGGCGCUCAACCACCUCGCGGGCCAAGCUGGCCUUCAAGCGGGGCGCCCGGCUCACCUCCACCGGACUGACAUUCAUGGAUAGGGCAGGAUCGUUGUACUGGCCUAUGUCCCCCUUCCUCUCCCUGCACCACCCCCGGGCCAGCAGCACUUUGAGUUACAAUGGGACCACGUCCGCCUACCCCAGCCACCCCAUGCCCUACAGCUCAGUGUUGACUCAAAACUCCUUGGGAAACAACCACUCCUUUUCCACGUCUAAUGGGUUAAGUGUUGAUAGACUAGUCAAUGGAGAGAUACCUUAUGCCACUCAUCACCUCACAGCAGCAGCUCUGGCCGCCUCAGUGCCGUGUGGCUUGUCAGUUCCUUGCUCCGGCACCUAUUCCCUAAAUCCCUGCUCUGUAAACCUCCUAGCAGGACAGACGAGUUACUUUUUCCCCCAUGUUCCUCACCCUUCAAUGACUUCUCAAAGCAGCACUUCAAUGACGGCCAGGGCAGCCUCCUCCUCUACGUCGCCACAGGCGCCCUCCACUCUCCCCUGUGAGUCCUUAAGACCUUCUUUGCCAAGUUUUACAACGGGACUUUCCGGAGGACUUUCUGAUUAUUUCACACAUCAAAAUCAGGGGUCUUCUUCAAACCCUUUAAUACAUUAACAUCCAUGGGAUCAGACUGUAAGUGAACAUUUUACACACAUUUGCAUUGUAAAUGAUAAUUAAAAGGAAAACAAAACAAAACAAAACAAAAACAAAAAAGUCCAGGUAUUUUUUAUUAAGUCCCCCAUUUUUCUGUACGUUUGUUCAGUCUUUAGGGUUGUUUAUUAUUCCACCAAGAUAAGGAGUGUCAGCAAGGUGCAAUGUGGGGAGAUUACAUUGUAGACUAUGAAGUUUGGAAGACAAAAUUAUAGUAGAAUGUGUAUCUAAAUAGUGACUGCUUUUGCAAUUUUUUAUUCAAAUACGAUAAGUCUAUCACUAAAAGCCGCCAGAUUCUCCAUGUUUGCAGUAUUAUAAGUUAUCAUGGAUAUGUCGGUGGGUGCAGACCUUGAAAGAAAACAAAACCAGCAAAUCACUAAAUUUAUGAAAGCUAUAUUAAAAAAAAGAAACCGUAAUUUGUAUUUAAGCAAAAUUAAUACCGAAAGAUGCCCAAAACCUACAGUUUGGCCAUUUAUUUUUUUAAAUAAUUUUCUUUACAGAA